CGGGAGUUCCUGGAGGGGCGGGUGUUCCGGUAGGCGCGGCACUUGCCGGCAUUGGCGCACCAGGGCCAGGUCACCGUUCCGCCCCCGGCUCGCAACCCCCGUGCACCGGGAGCUCGGCCCGGUGAGCGCCUGCACCGCCCCGCGCCUCCGGGCCUCGGGGGACCCGCGGGGAUCCCGGGAGCCCGCAACCACGUUGCACGGGUGCGGACACCCCGAGUGUGCCCCGGCCACCCUCCCCAGACACCCUGGCCACGCACCGGCCCCCCAGGCUGGGUCCAGCCGUAGUGCCCCCGCCCGUCCCGCAGAGCUCGUCGGCAGCACCCACGUGGCCAGUGUCACUGCCCCGGCCUGGCAGACUUUGCCCCUAGAAGUCGGAGCAGGGUUCUCCCUCCCUGUCGCGUCUUCAUGCUGACCCCAGCGGGGCCGUGAGCCCCCACGAAGGACACUGACACUUGGACUGAGGUGGACAAAGAGCUGAGGUGCCCGCAGCCCUUUGAUGUGAGUGRCACUGCGGGGAGCAGCGGGCCCGGCUGUGUCCCCGGGCGUCGCUGAGGCCAUGCUCAGGCUGCGCCUGCUGACCUGGGACGUGAAGGACACUCUGCUCCGGCUGCGGCAGCCCGUGGGCCAGAGCUACGCGGCCGAGGCCCGGACCCACGGGCUCCAGGUGCAGCCCGAGGCUCUGGGGCGCUCCUUCCGGGAGGUGUACGGAACCCAGAGCCGGCGCUUCCCCAACUACGGCCACGGCCAGGGGCUCAGCUCCCGGCAGUGGUGGCUGGAUGUUGUCAAACAGAGCUUCAGGCUCUCGGGCGUGCAGGACGAGGCAGCUCUGACGAAGCUGGCAGAAAAACUCUACCGCGACUACUGCAGCUCGCACAACUGGGAGGUGCUGCCGGGAGCCGCCGAGACCCUGAACCGGUGCCGGGAGCUCGGCUUCCGCAUGGGAGUCGUGUCCAACUUCGAYAACCGGCUGGAAGUCAUUCUCUCGCAGUGCAGCCUGCGCCACCACUUCGAGUUCGUGCUCACCUCCGAGGCCGCGGGCUUCGCCAAGCCGGACGGGAGGAUCUUCGAGGAGGCACUGCGGCUCGGCGGGGCCCGCCCGGAGCAGGCGGCUCACAUCGGGGAUGACUACACCCGGGAUUACCGGGCAGCCCGGGCCGUGGGCAUGCACAGCUUCCUGCUGCGGCCGGCCGGGCAGGAGCAGGGGCCAGAGGUGCCCCCUGAGCACGUCCUGCCCACGCUUAGCCACCUCCUGGCUCGUAUCGAGAAGGGGUAGCUGCGGUUGGGAGGGGUCCAGUGCUGCUGCCGAGUGUUGAACUGUCUGACAUGAGAUCUCUUGUUGCUAGGGGGGCAGGGAAAACAAGUGAGUCUGAGCUGCCUGCGGAGCAGCCGGGGUGUCCAUGCAAUAAAACAUUUCUGCUGAUGUAUUUUGUGGCUCUAAAAACACUGCAGAAAGGGGGACAGUAGUGGUGUCUCCCCCUAGCUGACAAGGCUGACACUGGGUCACAUUGCAGAGGCUCCUUCUGGCAGGAGAUGGAGGCAGAUACUGAGGUUUAUCCCCUCUCCAUCACCCCGGGGAAAGGCUCAAGUAUUCCCCAGUGCAAGUGCUGGCCCUGUCCCAUGGAAAGUCUGCCCACAUGGAGCACCCAGGACACUUCUGCACAGGCCCUGCACCCUUCCGUGUACCCCAGCUUUGCCACCUCAUCRACAAACCACCCCUUCCCAACAGCGGUGGCCAGGAGGUGCCUGCAGGUCUCCUGCUGUGGGCAAAACAGUCUGGAAUUGGGGAAUUUCACUUAAUGAAUUUCCAGCUAACAAAAUUUACUGAUUUGUGUAGCGAGAAGUAAAGAUGAGCGCU